AUGGAGGUACCCGGAAAGACGUGUGACCUUUACCUUGACACGGGUUUCGCUGAAGCCACAAUCUACUGCCAGCCGUGUGGGGAGGGCGGUAAACGCGCUGUGGCCCACGGCUUCUGUCAGACCUGCGAGGAGUACAUCUGUGCUCCUUGUAUCGAGUACCAUAAGCGAUUGAAGAUCUCCAGGAACCACAUUCUGCUGCCCAAAGACGAGAUGCCGUCCUUCUACCCGUCUACUAAGCAUUCCGUUAUCGGCGACACCGAAUAUUGUAAAAACCAUCCGAAAGAGAUAAUCAAGUUUUACUGCCCGACCCACAGCGACCUUGGCUGUGGUGACUGUGUCGUACUUGACCAUCGCAGCUGUAAAGUCGAUUACAUCGCUGAAGUGGCUAAAGAUUUUGUCAUCGGCAACGAAUUCAGAAUGCUGGAACCCUGGAUUAAACAAGAAGGCGAUAUUCUGUCUGGAUACAUAAGUAAUGUCGAAGAGCUUUUGGACGAGGUCGAAAACCAGUCUAAUUAUGAGAUCAACAGCUUGAGAAAGUUCCGGGAAGAAAUAAACACCUACCUGGACCGGCGCGAGAAGGAACUGCUUGACAACCUCAAGAAAGUGAAGACCGAGGAUGAAAAGGUGCUUACUGACCUAAAGACUGCUUGUGAGUCAAAGAAAUCGGGACUUGAGAUUAUUAGGACGGAACUGUCUUCCGUUCACGUAUCGGUGAACCAGCGGUACGUUGCAGCGAGGAAAACACAGAAGGAGCUACAGGAGAUCAAAGACGAAAUGGGGAAGAUGGCUGGCCUGAUAACUGCCCGGAAGUGCCGGUUCACUAAAGACGCUGACACGGAGCGUUAUCUGGGAUCGAUAAUGGGCCUUGGAACACUGGACGUUGUGGGAGAGUUUCGUAGGGGACUGGCUCCAGUUCCUGACCUUUCUACUGUGGCAUGGAAGAAGGAGAAAGACAUCAACGUGAGAACGUCCCUGGACAAGAUCACUUGCUGGAUCAACGCCUUAGCCCUGCUCUCUCCAGGUCUCGUCCUCCUGAGUGACUACAAUAACUGCAGUGUCAAACUGGUGGACCUCACGACCCGCACCGUCACCUCCCGCCUCCAACUGCCAGGCAAUCCAUUGGACAUCCGCGUGUUGAAGUGA